AUGCUGAUGAGCCCACAUGCAGUCUGCCCUGAUUUCCCCCAACUCUCCACCACCACCAUCACCAUCACCAUCACCACCACCGCCUCCUCUUCCUCCUCCGCCGCCGCCGCCGCCGACGCACACCCAGACUCCAUACCGCCCGCCGUGGUGUAG